UGCGCUCGCCAGCGAAACCACAUUGGGAUUAUAGCAACUUUCGUAGAUCAACAGGAAAUUUGAGAAGCGAAUGGAGGAGACACACUUGUAGGAAGUAACAAGCUCGUACGGAUUGAUAGGAGGACUGGACGAAGCGGAGGAAGAAAGAGGGCAGAACGGAUCAACUAAACACAAUUAAAGAAGAUCAAUUUGAACGAGUGAAUAGACUGCAAGUCCGUCUGCUGCCAGGCCCCCGACCUGCCAGACCUGAGUUGUGGGCGCACACCAACACAGAGAGUCAUUUUCUCAGCGUCAGCCAGUUGACCGGUGAAGUCAGCGCUGUAAGGGAGAUUGGCGAUGAUCCACUUUCUGCUUUGCCAGAAGUGUCAGGGCCAUCGCCGUUAGAACUCAUUGUGUGUGCUGUGGCACAGAGAGUGUGCAGUAAUCUAAGGAUGACACCCACACUUUAUUCCAUCAGAUAGUGCUCAGUGAGGUGUGUGGUGCAGCUCAUCACGCUUUGUCUCUGCACUACAAACACACACAUAUUACUUACACAUACGAAAGCUACACACUCCCAGAGACCGGCGAUGCGUUGGAUCCUGACAAUCAGCGGAACUCUGUCCGGACCUUAAACACAGCAGACUUUCAGAUCAGUGUGUGUGUGUGUGUGUGUGUGUGUGUGAGUGUGUGUCUGGAGUGUACCCGGUGGAGCAUGUUGGAAAGGAAGAGUUAGGCAGGUCGAUGCUGCACGAUUACACCGUCUGAUAGACUGUGAUUAUUCUGAGAAGUCUAAAAUUACCAUGUAAAAUCACUGACCGUUUACGCCACAGUGUAUACAUGAUAGCGUAUUGAAAGAGUUCUAGCAUUCAAGCGAAUAAUGGCAGAUACCUUGAGAGAGUAAUGUGCGAGUCUCUGGGGUAAAGUAGCGAACUAAGACGUGUAAUAUCUGAAACUAAAGCGUCUGACUGCGCUGUGUGCUCCGAGCAGGUUGGUUAUUCUACACGGGGCAAGCACUUCCACUCUCUGUCUUUAUAGAGCGCCACUCAAGCUCAAUGGAUUUUAUUUAACCUUAGCUAUCUCCAGAUGAGUUGUAGUAAGAUAGUGUCUCCAUCUCUCUCCAGAGGCCCGGCCGGUUUGGUUAUAGCUCAAAGGAACAUUGACUUCUCUCUGCCGAUUUGUCGGGUGAGAAGUGCAGAAAACCCUGUUUGACUCAUUAAAAAACAAUGUGUUCAAGAGUGAACAUUGUUGCCCUAGAUUUCUCUGUCCUCGAGGGUGCUGCAAUGUAGGUAGCUCCAUUUCAAAAGUUAGCAUUCAGUCAACAUCAGUAGAGAUACACUUGACUUGCUUUGGAAGAAGUGUUUCUCAGCCUGUAUCAUACUGAAAUAUUGUAUUAUUGAUGUUUUCUCUUCCUUCGGGCGGUGUGGUCUGACCCACCCGACACAAGCACUGUGUUGUUGUGGUUAAUUGUGUGGCUGAACUAGCUUAGCUCCAACUUUGGCACUGCAGUGCAGCGUACAGUCAGUGAUGAGCUAAUUAGGUUGCCCCUCAUUUGGUUAAUUGCACAGCUGCCAUUGCUGAAUACCGUUGCUGGUAAACACAGUGUUGCAGGUGUACUUCGGUCACUGUUGGUAUUGGUUUUUGUGGUUUAUUGAUCGAGGAGUCUUGGGCUUUGGUCUCAGGAGGCUCAGAGCAGUGGUAGAAAAUAGGUAGUCUAGCAGUGUUCGCUUUGUUGUCGUUUUGCUUAGAUGGGACUGAGCUCCUGUACUGCUUUGUAGCGGCAAAGCCUCUGCACUGUACGGAUUUAAGACAAUGCAUGUCAUACGUUCUUUCUUCUAAGGUGCUGAAGUCAACAGUGGAACUUGUUGUUGCUCUAAGCUCCUCUCUGUGUGCAUUGUGAUAUAGGGUCUAAAUCACUAGCUCUGUUAGCGCCCUGAGGUCUAGUGCACUGCGUGCAGACCCUGGCUACAAUUCAGUUCUAUGUGACUUUGCAGCUAAGGCAGUUUCUUUGCAUGUGUUGUGUUCCAGCGUAGCACAUAAGAGUCCUUUCUUUAAAUGUUGUCCUCAAACAACAUCUUCUGUCUGAUUGCACUGAAGUAAAGCUGGGCAGUUAGCGUGUGCCCGUGUCUGCAGCAUUGCAGUUGAGAACAAAGCCGAGUGUGUGUGUGUGUGUGUGUGUGUGUUUGUGGGCUAGUUUGUCUGUAGCAGUGCAGGCAGGGUCACAGAGGAGCCAUUGAUCAAACGUGCACAUCCACACAUCAACACGCUCAAACAUACACACACACAGCUUCUCAAUACACAAUGAGGCCUCUCCGGAGCUCUGUCCUCUGUCGCCUCCUCCCUGCACCCUUCUCUCUGGUCCUGCGCAGCCUUGUCCUGGUCCUGCUCUGCACCACUCCCCGUUGUCAGGCAGUGCAGGCGGAGAAUGUGACAGUCUUGGAGGGAGGUACGGCCCAGAUCUCCUGCCGCCUGCAGAACUACGAUGGAUCAAUCGUGGUUAUCCAGAAUCCCCGCCGGCAGACGCUCUUCUUCAACGGCACGCGAGCCUUGAAAGACGACCGUUUCCAGAUGGUGCUUUUCACGCCGAGGCUGGUGCGCAUCACGUUGACCAACGUCAGCGUGUUGGAUGAGGGCGGCUACUUCUGCCAGCUCUACACGGACUCCACUCACCACCAGGUGGCGACGCUCUCUGUGUCGGUGCCCCCGGAGACUCCCACGGUGGAGGUGAAGCAGGAGGCCGUGGAGGGCGGAGAGGUGGAGCUCACCUGUAUGUCGCCGCGCAGCAAGCCUGCUGCCACCCUGCGCUGGAUUCGCAACGGCCGGGAGAUACCAGGUGUGGUAUCCCAGCAGGACAACGCAAAGACGUUCAGCGUGUCCAGCACCAUCCGGAUCCCUGUAGAAAGGAAAGACAACGGGGCGGCGCUGAGCUGCGAGGCGUUCCACCCAGCGCUCAGCGGGCAGAAGAGGAUUCGACACUACCGCCUGGAUGUGUAUUUUGCGCCAACAGUGAGGAUUGUUCCUCCCUCUGGAAUUUUGCGAGAGGGCGACUCGCUCAGCCUCACCUGCUCCGUCACUGGGAACCCUCUGCCCAGGAACAUUCAGUGGUCCAAGAUUAACGACACCUUACCUGAGAGGGCAGAGAUUUCUGGCCCCACCUUUCAGAUUUCCCGUCUCAGCCAAUCACACAACGGGACGUACUUGUGCCAGGCCCAGAACAACUUUGGACGCGCUGCCGAUCAUUACACCCUACUGGUGUACGAUAAUGUGUCUGUCACUACCACGGUCCCUCCCACUCCCACCACCCAAACCCUCCUAACACCCAGCUUCGCUCCGGACCCAAGAGAUCCCGGUGCAGUGGUCGAGACUCACAGUGCAGUACCAUAUGCAGUGAUAGGUGGCGUUCUGGCACUGCUGGUUUUCACCGUCAUCUGUGUCCUCAUCGUCACCAUCUGGUGCUCUGUUCGACAGAAAGGCUCGUACCGUACGCGAGAGCCUAUUCUUGCUUGGUAUUGACCUAACAAUCAGUUAACUAAUGAAUUAAUCCGUCACAGGUUCCUAUCUUACCCACGAGGCCAGUGGGCUGGAUGAACACGGUGAGGUGCAGGAGGCUUUCCUCAACGGGAACGACGCCAGCCAGGGCAAGAAGGAGUACCUACUGUAGCCCCUCUCCUUCCCUACCCCCUUCUCUUCUGACCUCAUUCCCUCUACCCCUUCCUUUCCCCAGUCUCCCACCUUAUAUACAGUAUACACAUACACACAAAGCGCCAUAACAGGCGGCCUUCUGAAAACGACUGUAUACAGAUACUGCACACACCCAAUCCAUCCCGCUCCAUUCCACUCCAUAACCUCCAUGCACACACACACACACACACACACACACACACACACACACACACACACACACACACACACACACAGAGACGGACUGAGAAAGAGAGAGCCUAUAGACCCACCAGCCAUUAACGACUGUGCCAUAUACCGUAGGUCAGAGAAACUAGGGAGAAGGGAGAAAGUGGGGCUGAGGUGAAUGUAGACAAUAAUGAAAUGAUGCCAUAAUGAUUUUUGAUCGAGAGGGAAGCGGGGAACACAAAGGAAACAGGCACUCUGUCUGUGCAGCCGCUAAAGUGGAAGGGGAAUUAGAGGCAGAUGACUGCUAUAAUUCUAUGCCUGGAGAAAACCAUCUAUUUCACAAAGCUCAAUCUUUAACUGAUGGAGAAAGAGGAAGCAGUCUGUGUGUGUGAGGAGGGGAAGGGGGAACCGAGGAGGGAGUUGACCAGGAACGCUAGAUGCUCGAAAAUUGGAAUUUCUUAAUUUGCCGAAGCAUUUUUCCUGCAGAGCGCAACUCAUUUAUAAUUCCCUAACAACACUGGAGUGUUUAAGCCCAGAGUCCCGGGAAGUAUCCAGAGUUACGAAGACGUAACUCUCCUGUUUUGUUAUCCCGUUCGGGUGGCCUGCCAAUAAUUUGUGAAAAGGAAUCAUCUUUUUACUGAUUGUUCCUUUUUCUCUCUCUCGCUGCGAUAGUGAGGGAAAGGUGGUUCUCUUUUCAUUUAAUUAACUCUCCAUCUCCUCCUUCCUCUGCGUUCACCUGUUACAUCCUCUCCUCUCUCCCUUAUAUCUCUCUUUCUCUCUGUCAGCCCCCCCCCCCCCCCCCUCCCAUCGCUCCUCCUUUGUUGGCUCCUAAUAAUGAAAGGAUUAGUGUUGGGCUGCGUUCCCGACAAAGAAGAAAGGAAUAUGACUUGCUAAGGCAUUAAAGAAAGGCUUAAUUAUUUUAGAAUGUCAUUAAGAGGAUAAAAAGGUUUAAAAUCUCAAUAAGAAGGGCAAGGGGAGUGAAUGAAUGAGAAAAUAAAAUGGAUGGAUAUUUUUUCUGAAUGCUACCACACAUAUGCAGAUACAUGCACACAUUCAUACGUACAGUGAACAUGUUGACAGAACAAGUAUACAUAUCUCUGAAGUACUUAUUUGUAUAAAAAAAGAACAGCAACAUAAAUUAAAUGAAACUUUUAAGAAAAAAAAAAAGACCUGUUUACUAUUGAAACGCAUUAUGAAGCAACUAUACUAACACAGAAUAUUAGCCUAUAGAGGUGCAAAGCCGAACAAACCACUGUCCAGUGAUCUUUAAAGAAAAUAAAGAAAAGAAUAAAAAAACAAAAUCAUUUGUCUUUAUGAGAAACCAGAAGUUUUAUGGAUUUUUUUAUUAAUUAUUAUUAUUAUUUGAACAAUUAUGAUUGUUGUUAAUGUUAUUAUUAUUGCCGUUGUUAUUAUUCUAAUUGUAAAUGUUAAAGAAAUGUACACUUCCCAUGGUUUGUUUUUGGUUCUACUGUAGAGAAAUUGCUGUCUUUUUUCACUCUUACCUUUCCUCUCUUUCCCGGUCUUUCUCUCUCUCUUCGUCUCCUGUGCCUAGUCUUCUCUUCUCCUGUCUUUCACUAUUGUUUAUUUUAGAGUCCAUGUGUCAUUGUUGAUAUAUAGCUGACUAUUUCUUUAUAGGGGAAAGAUACAAAGCACGACAAAAUAAAAAAGAAUUCAAAAAUAA